UUAUAAUAAUAAUAAAAAGGAAAUUAGCAUAAUAGCAUGCAGCCAUACACGAUGAAAAGGGAAAUUUUUUAAUUUGUAAUAACAAGCCUGCCUACCUUGGAUAACUCUAUAAGGAAAUUAACAUGCAAAAAUAAAUGGAAAAUUUUCUAAUUUGUAGUAUCUAGAUAUUUAUGAAAUUUAUCUAAUUUUGUAAAUGAAGUUAAUAUGGCAAAUCGCGACUUACGUUUCUUCUGUCACCAGCUUCAUUUCUUUGUCAUUUCUGGUUGGAACCAUCUGCUAAAAUAACAGUUGAAUUGGCAACUCCAAUCAACUAAGGCUAAGCAGUCUAGAGUUUAUCCCAAAAAAAAGAGAGAGUCUAUAUAUAUUAAUACCACUUCUACACCUGCAACAACUCAUACACAGGCAAAAGUCAAGGCAGAGAAAAUUGUUAAAAGACAUGGCUUCUUUGUCUAACCUCUUGCAUUUGAUAUUUUGGCUCUACUUUGUGGGUCAUAGCUCAAUCUCUGUUGCUCUGCAGGGAUUGGUGUCAAUUAAUGGAACAGCUCCAAUUGCAGAAACAGACAAUGACUUUGUUUGUGCCACCAUAGAUUGGUGGCCUCCUGAAAAAUGUGACUAUGGAACUUGUAGCUGGGGCAGAGCUUCUCUUCUAAAUCUGGAUCUCAACAAACCAAUAUUGUUAAAUGCGAUUAAGGCAUUUUCACCUCUAAAGAUCAGAUUGGGUGGAACCUUACAAGACAAGGUGACAUACCAGAGUUAUGGUAGUCUACAACCUUGUGCUCCAUUUGUUCAAAAAAGUUCAGAGGUGUUUGGGUUUUCACAAGGUUGCCUACCUCUAGCUCGAUGGGACCAACUGAAUGAUUUUUUUAAACAAGCUGGGGCAGCAGUGAUUUUUGGAUUAAAUGCACUAAGUGGAAGGAAAAUAGGUUCUGAUGGUUCUGUAAUAGAAGCAUGGAAUUCUAGUAACGCUGAAUCUUUAUUGAGGUACACAGUCAAUAAGGGCUAUCCUAUAUAUGGCUGGGAACUAGGAAAUGAACUCAGUGGGAAUGGGGUCGGUGCAAGAAUUUCUGCAGAUCAAUAUGCAUAUGAUAUAAGUCAAUUGCAAAACUUAGUCCAAGUUAUCUACAAGGAUUUCAAGGUUAAGCCUAUAGUCAUGGCACCAGGAGGGUUCUUGGAUGUCAAUUGGUAUACAGAAUUCUUACAUAAAGCACCCUAUUCAUCACUCCAGGCAGUCAGCCAACACAUUUAUAACCUAGGACCGGGGGUUGCUACUGAUCUUGUAGAGAAAAUCUUGAAUCCAUCAUAUCUUGAUGGUGGGUUGCAAAUGUUUAGCAGCCUUCAAAACAUUUUGAAGAGCUCAGAGACUUCGGCAGUUUCUUGGGUUAGUGAAGCAGGGGGUGCUUGGAACAGUGGCCAUAAUCAUAUCACAAAUGCAUUUGUGUUCAGUUUCUGGUACUUGGACCAGCUUGGAAUGGCAUCAAAAUAUGAUACCAAAACAUAUUGUAGGCAGUCAUUAAUUGGUGGAAAUUAUGGUCUACUCAACACUAACACCUUCCUUCCAAAUCCUGACUACUAUAGUGCUCUUCUAUGGCACCGUUUGAUGGGAGCCAAGGUCCUGUCAACAAGUUUCUCCGGAACAAACAAAAUACGUGCUUACGCUCACUGCUCUAAAGCAUCGCAAGGGAUCACACUGCUCUUGAUCAACCUAGAUGGUAACACUACAGUUCAUAUCCAGGUUUCAACUGGAAACGCUGGCAGCAAUGGAUCAUUGAGUAUGCAAGAACAAAAUCAAACACAAAGAAAAAAAAUUUCCAGGAUGGCUAGCAACAAUGAACUCCUUGGAAUUUUCAGACAAGAAUAUCAUCUAACUGCAAAAGAUGGGGAUUUGCACAGCCAAACCAUGCUUCUAAAUGGGGUACCACUUUCUGUGGGUUCAACAGCGGCUAUUCCUGAUUUGGAACCAGAAUAUAAUUACCAGUCAAACCCAAUAGAUGUUGGUCCAUACUCGAUUGUAUUUGCUCACAUGCCUAAUGUUACUGUUCCAGCAUGCAAGUAGUUGCAUAAAGACAAAAAAUUGAUUUAUUGUUUUAACAAAUAAAAACUCCAGAUUUUAGUCU